AUGAAACAAAACCGUUUAACCGAUAAGCUGGAAAUGGAAAUACUCAAACGUACCGUUUGUCGGCUUAAAACCGCUCGCCGUGCCUGGCGAACCAGCCAUCACCUACUCCUGCAGAUUGUUGUCUUACUGAGCGUUUGCCUGCCACUGGUAAGCUGCAAUCGCGCACCGGUGUUCCUCAUAGACGAUCACGCCGAGAUUGUAAUUCGGUUGAAGGAGUUUCCCGAGACACCGGUCGGUACGCUCAUUUAUCGGUUGCGCGGUUACGACGCGGAUGGUGAUCCACUCACGUUCGGUGUGCAGAAAAGCGCCGACAGCCACAUCAUAAGACUGAAACAGAACGCCUCGAGUGAGGCGUACAUCUACCUCAACACCGAGCUGGACCGCGAGGCUCGCGAGGAGUACACCCUAAUUCUAACACUCACCGACGGGCGGCUGGGUGAGGGUAACUUUGUGACGCAGAGUUUCCUGCUGCUGGUGGAGGACAUCAACGACAACGAGCCAAUCUUUAAACCGUUCGCUUCGGUGCUGGAGGUGGCCGAAGACAGCCCUCCAGGUAUCCUGACGACGCUUGAGGCUGUGGAUAAGGACGAGGGCGCUUACGGACAGGUGGUCUACUAUCUGCAGGGUUUGUCCGAGGAAGCGAAUGUGUUCUCGAUUACGACCGCGAAUGGGAAAGGCGUUGUCCGGUUGGCUAGAGCACUGGAUUACGAGAGACAGCACUUCUACCACAUCAACGUGUUGGCAGUUGAUCGAGCAAUACAGGGAAGGAUCAACACCGGAACGGCGGCACUGUUGGUGAGGGUGAAGGAUGUUGAAGAUCAACCACCGGAGUUCUUGGUGACACAACCGGUCGUGAGGGUUCCAGAAGAUGCCCCUGUAGGUUCGGAAGUGAUGCGCGUGAAAGCCGUCGAUGGUGAUAGAGGCAUCAACAACCGUAUCAUCUACGGCAUAUCGAACAACGGCAGUGAGCUGUUUGAAAUCGACCGUACGAAGGGUUCAUUAAGGACGAAGCACAAGCUCGACCGGGAGGACCCAGACAAUCCCAUCAAUGGGGCGUUUAUUCUGGAAGUCGUCGCCACCGAAGAAAGCAAGCAACAGCCCGCACCUUCUGCUACGAUGGAAAUCACGGUCAUCGUGACGGAUGUAAACGAUGAAGUACCUCGCUUUCGGAACAUCGCGUACGAGUGUGAGAUUAGUGAGAACGCACAGGAGAAUACCCUGGCCACGUUCGUGGACGGCAGCGUCAACGAGGUGUUCGAUUACGAUCAAGGCAAGAACGGUACCUUUCGGUUGACUCUUCAGCCUCCCAGCGACAUCUUCGAGGUGAUCCCCAAGCGGGCCAUCAACGAGGCCAAAUUUGGCUUAAGGGUGAAAGACCCAACCCAACUCGACUUCGAGCGCAUCCGCGAGUUAACACUCACCGUGGUAGCGAGUGAGAUCGAGUCGGCAGGACGCACCAGUACGGCGCAGGUUCGCGUGCAGGUACUCGACCAGAACGACAACUUCCCGGAAUUUCUUCAGCCUGUCUACGAGAUUGACGUACCGGAGAAUGUGACAACCGGCACGGCAUUGGUGCAGAUUCAGGCGACCGACGGUGACUCGGGUGCGUACGGAACCGAAGGUAUUCGCUACACCAACCUGACCGGCAGCAUCUCUAGCUCGCUGUAUCUCGACCCACUCACGGGAAUCAUCACGAUCACGUCCACUGAGCCACCUGUGUUCGAUCGGGAGAUUGUCCAAAAACACUAUCUCUCGGUGGAAGCCCGCGAUAAUGGUGGCCGAGGAAAUCGGAACACGGUACCACUCGUACUCACGCUGCUCGAUGUGAACGACAAUGCGCCCAUGUUCGUCCAAAAGGCGUACGAGGUUCGGCUGAAGGAGAACGCGUUCGAGUUCGAGUCCCCGGUUGUGGUGGAGGCUCGUGAUCUCGACCUGGAGGGAUCACCGAACAGCGCCAUCCAGUACCGAUUACUGAGCACCAGCAAUUCGGAGUACUUCCAGCUGGACCGCAAAACAGGCCGCUUGGCGGUUCGGGAAGCUGUAGACUUUGAGCGGCUAGAGGGCGCUGGUAGCGACACACGCAUCAUAUCGCUCACGGUGGAGGCCGCCGACAGUGGUUCACCCGCGAUGACGGCUCAGGUCGUAGUGACGGUGUACGUGCAGGAUGUGAACGAUUACGCACCGGUGUUCCUGGAGGCACAGUACGCCAUUGUGAUCCCGGAGGACACGCCUAGCGGGUUGCCGGUGUUGCGUGUGACUGCGAUGGACAGUGACGGUUCGUUCCCGAACAAUCUCGUGACCUACCGGAUACAGCAGGGUGCGGACGGUCGAUUUGUGAUUGGAGCCUCGACCGGUGAGAUAUCCAUUACACAUGGUGCGUCUCUCGAUCCGAAUCUGGUCGCGCCAGAUGAACUGGGGUCUGGGUCUAGCUACGAGUUAGAGGUGAUAGCAACCGAUGGGGGCAACGGCGAUCAACAGCUGCAGGGUUCGUGCAUGGUCAACAUCACUGUUACGGAUGUGAACAACAAACCGCCGUACUUCGUCGGUCCUACGGCUGUGGCCGUGCGCGAGAACACACCCGUAGGUACCGAGGUGUACCGGCUGAUGGCAAACGACCCGGAUGAUGGCGCCAUGUUGCGGUUCUACAUUGACCGUAGUCUGUCAGAGGCCAAAACCGAGGAAGGCGCACUGGUAAAGCUGGACGAUUACGACUUUGUGGCGGCCUUCAUUCUCAAUGAAACGAAUGGAUUGCUUAAGAUAGCGAAGCUGUUAGACCGCGAGAAGAUCUCCGAAAUCAAGCUUGCCUGCGUUGUGGAGGACGUGGCGGCCGAACGUGGCGAUCAGAUGGCCAGUGCGACGUUGAAGGUAACCAUACUCGACGAGAACGACAACAACCCAAAGUUCCGCAAGCCAUUCUACAAGCACUCGAUCGCCGAAAACAGUCAAUACGGAGUGACCGUUUGCACCGUGGUGGCAGAGGACGCCGACCAAAACAAGACCGUCAAGUACAGUCUCGAGGGCGACAAGGCCGUUCUGGAGCUGCUACACGUGGACGACGAGACAGGCGAGAUUGUAGUGCGCAACCGGAUCGAUCACGAAGAGUUCGGUUGGUUGAACUUCUCGGUACGUGCUGCGGACACUGGCAGUCCUCCGAGAGCGUCCUUCGUGGAGGUGUUCGUACAGGUACUGGACGAGAAUGACAACAACCCGUACUUUGUGGAUAGCGUCAGUGACUUCUACGUCUCGGAGAAUGCUUCCAUCGGGACGGAGAUUGCUGCCAUCCUGGCGAAGGACAUGGAUUCGGGUGAUUUCGGACGCAUCACGUACAUCUUGGAUCGUGUUAGUGCGAAGGAAAAGUUCAGCAUCGACGCGGAAAAAGGCAUCCUGAAGGUGGCGGGUGCGCUGGACCGCGAAGAGACGGCUGAGUACAUGAUGGCAGUCGAAGCCUGGGACAACUACCCGUACGGAUACCUCAAUGGGGAGAGCCGGAAUGCCUUCAAGCAUAUUCUCGUUCACGUACUGGACGAUAACGAUAACGUACCUGUCAUCCAGAAGCCUUCCGGGUGCAGCAUGAUCACGGAAUACCACAAUAUCAACGACCCCAUCGUAAAGGUGCGGGCGACGGACGCGGACGAUCCAUCGCACGGGAAUGGCCAACUGAGCUUCGACAUCAGUGACGCUUCUGGAAUCUUUUACGUCCAGCAGGUGUCCGCGCAGUACGCCGAGAUAUACUCCCGAGGACCGCUGAAGAACCUGCACGGUAACUACACACUGGAGCUGAUCGUGAGCGAUCUCGGUAGCGUUCCCAAUACCGCACGAGCGAUGGUUGGGAUUUGCGUCACCGAUUUCAAUGACCACGCGCCGGUGUUCGUCGUCCCAAGCGGAAACACCACGGUAAAGGUGUUUGAGAACACAACCAUCGGGAAGCCGUUCUUCCAGGUGCAUGCAUACGACGAGGAUGUUGGCGAGAAUGCGAUAGUCCGCUAUCGAUUGAAAAUGGACACCUCGGGCAACUACCGGAAGUUUUCCAUCGACAAGGAGACGGGUGAGCUGAGUGUGGCAGCGCCGCUCGACCGUGAGCAGCAGAUGAUCUACGAUCUGCGGAUUGAGGCGUACGAUCAGGGCGUUCCAACACCGCUCAGCAGUAGUGUCGAUCUGAUCGUGUACGUGCGAGAUGUAAACGACAAUCUGCCCCAGUUUCUGCUCAAGGAGAUAAGUCUCAAUUUUACCGAGCAUACGACACCUGGCGUGGAGCGGAUACGCUUGCCGGACACAGUUGACCAGGACUAUCUCGAUCCUCUGGAAGGACCAGCGUCGUCAGUGGUGUGCUAUUACAUCGUGCAGGGGAAUGAUGCCGAACACUUCGGGCUGGAUCCGGUUACGCAUGACCUGACGGUUGAGAAGGAAUUAGAUCGCGAGCAGAUGGCUCUCUUCAGGUUGAACAUCCAAGCUUCAGAGGAUUGCACCAACAUCAACCGCUCCUUGGAAAUGAGCGGACAUCCCGGCAAUCUAUUGAAAGCCACGGUCUACGUAAACGACAUCAACGAUAAUUCGCCAGUGUUUGAGUCGAAAAUAUUCACCGGAGGCAUCUCAACGUCGUCUCAGUUCGGUGCCACUAUUCUUCGGCUAAAGGCCAACGACGCGGAUGAUGGGUUGAAUGGGCUAGUGAGGUACUACCGACACGGUGAAGUACGGAAAACACUCGCCGAGGGCCUCGACGAUCUGCGACAUGAUCCGUUUCUGGUGGACGCGGAAACUGGCAACGUGCUGUUGAACUUCUUCCCCCAGAAGUCCAUGCGGGGAUACUUUGACUUCCCGGUGACGGCGAACGAUUCGUACGGCUGUCAUGAUCGCGCGCACGUGUUCAUCUACCUCAUCCGCGAAGACCAGCGAGUGAAGUUCAUUCUGCGCCAACGCCCGUCGGAGAUCCGGCACAACAUCCAGAGUUUCCGGGAGAUAUUGAGCAAUGUGAGUGGAUGCAUCGUUAACAUCGACGAAAUACGGUUGCACGAGAACCCGGAUGGUUCAGUCGAUCGGACGAAGAGCGACAUGUUCAUGCAUCUGGUGGACCAAAAGAACAACUCCGUCCUGGAAGUGCAUCAGGUGUUGCAGCUGCUGGACAAACACGUCGAGAAGCUUGACCGGUUGUUUAAGGAAUUCAACGUCCUGGAUACACAGGCGUCUGAGCUAGUGCAGACGCACGAAAUCGACGAGCUGUCGGUGAACAUCAUUUGGUUGUUUGUGACGAACAUCAUUCUGGGAGCGAUUCUCAUAGUCGUGAUCGGGCUUUCAGUGUCGCAGCGAUUAUCCUACCGGAGGCGUCUCAGAGCGGCCAAAAUAGCCGCAUACGGCACCUCAGGACCCAGCCGGAUGUACCAAGAGGUGCUCGGGGCCGUACCCAACACCAACAAACACAGCGUGAAGGGCAGCAAUCCAAUCUGGAUGAGCAGUGGCAGUCCGGAGGGCGAAUGGAUGAAGGACGAGUUCGACAAGUGCAAGGACGCGAUCGAUGCCCAGUACGAGCGGUCGCUCAGUUCAGGGUUCUUCAUCGACAACUGCCUGCAGUACGAAGCGCGUAAAGCCGCCAGCGGACCGGAGGCGAACAACGCCGCCAACUAUCAGAUCAAACGUGGCAGCGAGACGGCACUGUGUGCACGAAAUCUAGAAACGACCGAGCUGUAA